AUGGCCGACGACCCAUUCAAAGCCCGGACGAUGAAGCGCAAGAAUGUCAAGGGACUCGCUCUCAGCGCACCUCCAAAGCCGGUCGCACCUUCCGAUGAGGAUGCGCAGCUUCCGGGAUCUCUAGGCAAUGACGGCCGGAGGAAUGACACCUUGGAGAUCGGAGUGGAGUUCCGGCCUGAUUGGAGAACAGAGGACCUCGAAGUGGUCAAGGAGCUAGGCUCAGGGAAUGGCGGCACAGUCAGCAAGGUCAGGCAUAAAGGGUGGAACAUUGUCAUGGCGAGGAAGAUCAUCCACGUCGAGGCGAAGAAAGAGGUGCGCAAGCGGAUUGUGAGGGAGUUGCAGAUUAUGCACGAAUGCAACUCUCCAUACAUUGUCUCCUUCUACGGGGCCUUUAUGAACGAGUCAAAUGAUGUAACAAUGUGCAUGGAGUACAUGGACUGCGGCUCCCUGGACAGUGUAUCGAAGAACUUCGGCCCAGUCCGUGUGGAUGUCCUGGGAAAGAUUGCAGAAGCCAUCUUGGGCGGUCUCAAAUACCUCUACCUCGCCCAUCGCAUCAUGCAUCGCGACAUCAAGCCCUCCAACGUCCUCGUCAACAGCAAGGGCCAGAUCAAACUGUGUGAUUUCGGGGUGUCGUCCGAGCUUGAGAAUAGUGUUGCUGAUACAUUUGUGGGAACCGGUACCUACAUGGCGCCGGAGCGGAUCCAGGGCAGUCCUUACACUGUAAAAAGUGAUGUCUGGAGCGUGGGCCUGACAUUAAUGGAGCUGGCGAUUGGCAAGUUCCCGUUCAGUAUCGAGAGCGAGGACGGAGAUGACGAAGACGCGGCUGGCCCUCAGGGUAUUCUGGACCUGCUUCAGCAGAUUGUUCUGGAACCUGCACCGAAGCUGCCCAAGAGCGACGCAUUCCCUCUCAUUCUUGAGGAGGUCAUUGCCAAGUGCAUGAUGAAGAUUCCCGACGAGAGGCCUACCCCUCAGGAGCUUUACGACAACGAUCCGUUCCUACAGGCGGCAAAGCGCACGCCGGUCGACCUCGAAGCAUGGGCAGUGUCCAUGAUGGAGCGGCACAGUCGGAAGAGUCAUCUGGCGCCGCAACUAUCCCCUGCAACGCUCGCCAUGCUGCGCGGUGAUGAUAGUUCGAGUCAUCACUCUAGCAUGAACUCCAGAACGCCAACUACGGGCGAGAUUCCGAUAUCCUCUGCAUCGUCGAAUGGUUCGGCUGCCUCCUCGAGGCCGUUUCCAGCUCGGACAAGCAGUGCCAGCCGUGCCAACCACGUCGAGACUGAGAUGAACCUUCCGAUUCGACAGGCACCGGGGACGUUGACGCCUCGUAAUAGACCAGAGACUGCGGGGAGUGAGAGGAGAGCGGCACCUGGUUACGUGCAGUGA